AUGCCAAAUUACAACAAGCCGUCUUCACACUUUUCCCAGGCUCAUCAAAGAUGCGAACAGACAGAUUGGUCUAGCCUAAAGUGGGAGCCGGAAAAAACGGUCGAGAACCGAUUUUCAGACUGCGCCCGGUACCAACCGGCCCGGUCUGACUGUAGGCACUCGGGUUUUUAUGUGGUCCGGGCGAGUGGGAUUAGUGGAGCCGACAGUGAGGAACAGCUGGCUUUCAAUUUGUCAAAGAGAUCACGUGUCGUGAGACCGUGUAGACACGGUCGGACGCCUCAGACUCAACGGGUGAUAAUUCGUCGGUCUUCCAGUCUCCUAGACAAGUCGGCUCAACUUUCGGUCAGAGACACUCUCGCUUCCCCCCACCCCACCCAACACCAUCACACCCCCGCCACUCAGGACCCACGACUAGGAUGUAGCAGACAAACGCACGUAUCGUAA